UGCUGAUAUUCGGCAUUAAGAAACGGCGAGUCAGCCAGACCGCGCGUGUUGACGUGAUCAUUCAGUUUAACAUUUAUACGAAAAUGGCUAAAUUCGCAUCGACUUUAAUACUAGUGGUUGCUAUUAUCUCCGUCCAAGGCGGACCUGUCACAUACGAUGAAAUUUUAGCAGCAGCGAGACAACAACAAUUUGAUAAGGUGCAAGAAUUUCCACAGAGUGAAACAGAUUCUGAAGAUGAAAUGCAAUUGAGGAGCAAUUUUGGCAAAAAUACGGAGGUGUGGAAGCCAUCAUUCAACAGCGUGAGGGAUCUUAAACCGGCGGACGGUGCCCACGUCUAUGGGGAAGCAGAAUACUCCUUCCAUUCUGCUUCCAAUAUUGAUGGCAAGACUUCUGAAGAACAUGCAGGCCAUAAGAUCAUCAAUGACGAUGGAAAAAUUGAGGAGUUCGACUUCACACCAUCAAGCACCCAAUUCCCUCUUCUUUCUCCGAUCAUCACCAGCCUCGGUGGACAUUCUCCAAUUAGCAACGACUAUGGAGCCGAUUACUCAUUCCACCACGUCCCUAUCGGGGUAGGCGAAAUGUCGGAGUACAUCAGCGGAAAGAAGGUGGACAGCAAAAACAAGAAUACAGCACUUAGCGCUCUGAAGCUCCCCAUAACUCUUAAGCCAGAAAGAAGCAAAAAGGAAGAACACAAACAGCGCUCGCCGUCAGAAGAAUAUCCCGACCCUUCUGCUUUGUCUGAAGCAGACGUAGUCCACGUUCCCAAUCAGGCCUUUCGCAGCGACAAAGAACGCACCGACGAAAGUGAAGCUACACAAAAUCCUGAACCUCAAAGUUCUGAUGGUGUUUCUAAUAAAAAAUCACCUGAAGAUGGAAAAGUCAACGGCGAUGUGGAUUAUAUAGAAACGACAAAUAUUAAAACCCUUAAUAUAGAAACAACACCAGUUGUACCCAAGACACCUCUAAGAAAGGCAGUCGAAGUGGAACAUCCAAAUAAAAAUAGCCAAACCGUGGAUAACAGCAAUAACACAAAUGAUUUUCAAAUAACUGGUACUGUGGCUUAUCCGAAAAUAUUUGAAGAGCUGUUCUCUGGCUUAUCAAUACCUGCUGAAAUACCUGCCACUGGGGGCCAAGUUUUGGAGAAAAAUAACGCUCCAGAAAGUCUCAGGACCCAGCCCAUAUCAUUCACGGGAGUACGAGACCUGAAGCCAGAGAAGGGAGGCCAGGUAUACGGCGAGGCUCAGUACGCGUACCGAUCAGCCACCAGCGUCAACGGCAAGACUACCGAAGACAAAGGGGGUCAUAAGAUCAUAAACAAUAAUGGCAAAGUCAAGGAGUUUGAUUUCACACCUAGCGCUGAUAUGACCAAUGUAAGUUUUUUCUAAAGUGAUGCGUGAUCCGUCUAUUAUUAUAAUUUUUAAAACAAUGGCUCGUUUUCCUUUUAGAUGAAGAAGGUUGUGCCUCUUGCUAAUAUUGAUAAAGAUAUUGCUGUCCUUAAAAGUUUGUUUUUGCAGUAAAAAGUCUAUGGUUUCAUUUGGUGGACGUCUAAAAAGUAUUACUGCGUUCGUUUUGUUAAAAUAUAGAACAAGUUGUCGAUUAUCAAGUGUGAUUAAUAGAAAAUGAGUCAAAAAUAAUUUGAGCCAUGUUACGAGUAUAUCUCAAAAAUGCAACUAAACCAUUAUAUAAGUUACGAUAGUUUUAGCAACUGUUAGGUAAGAAAAAACUUGUUAUUGUAAGCAGUUUUUUUUUAUAUAAAAUAGGCCAUAUGUAUAAUACAGUACGUAAGUUUUAUGUUUUGCUAAAAUCAUGCUGCAUGAAAUUGUUGUGAUCUGAAUUUUGACAUGAUAUUGUAAAAGUUCAAUUAAAAUUAUUGAAAUUAUAUUAUUAAAAACCUUAGUAGCUAUUUAUCUAACUAAUAAUUAUUAUUUGAAAUGAUUAAGUCAUUCUUAUUCUGUGAUUGUAAUUAUAUUACUUAACUAAUUAUGUAUUGUAAUUUGUAAAUAAAGUAAUCUGUAAAAUUA